GUAGCACAUCGGCUCGGAGCCUACUUGCCGCCAGCCAGCCGCCGCUCUCCCCGGCGUCUAGCCGGCCACAUCAGCCUGCAUCAUGAACGUUCUGCGCGAUCUGUGCAUCCUUGUGAGAUGCAGACGAACACGAGGAUGCACGCAGGGACAGCGGCCGACAGCCAGAACGUUCCAUUCGAAGCAAACUCUCCGCGCCGGAUGUCUGACUCGAAAACAUCGCCGAGGCCGGGUCAAGAUUCGAGUCGGCACGGCCUCCCCACAUCUCCGGCCCAGGGCCGAGCGAUGCGAUGCGUCCUUCACCGAGCUUUCACAAUGCGCGUCUCAUGCCUCAUCACGCAGCGUGGACUAAGUCGCCGGUGUGCUGGGGCGCCAAGGGUCGGAAGUAGUUAUGGCCAAUCUGCGGCAAGAUCCGUCACCUCACCCUGGCGUCACUCCACGCGCUCGCUUGUCACCAGAUCACUAAGCCAGCCCUCCCGCCCCAGAUGCGUGUGCUGCGCGACCCACGCGGCUGAGGCUGGCGGCUGGCAUGUAUAUAACUCUCAUGCACCAUGCCCCCCAACCCAAGCACAGUGAACACUAUGACAACUGCGAACAGCGACAGGACACCCGACAUUUCUGCCGCCGUCGGCGGGCAGAAGAACGUUGAGCAGCUGCACAAGACCAGCCGCGAUUUCAGGAGUGAGUCGCAAUGUGUGUGGCUAAGGCACGACUUUGGGAGAAGCUCGCUCAGCCACUUUUGAACUCUCCUCUGCACUGUUGCAGGGCCGAGGCU